CCAUGCAUCGCGCCGCCUGCCUCCUCCUCACGCUGGUCGCCGUGGCCUUCGGCCUCAACGGCUGGGAGUUCCCUAUCCUAACGGAGGAGUACCUCUCGGCGCCGCUCCAGACCUCCUUCACCUGCGACGGCCGCUCCUACGGCUACUACGCCGACGUCGACAACAACUGCGAGGUGUACCACGUGUGCCUGCCACUCGAAGACGAUGAGGGCGCCGUCUACCAGACCGCCCACUUCUCCUUCAUCUGCGGCAACCAGACGGUGUUCAACCAGGAGACCCUCACCUGCGGCUCCCGCGACCUGUCCUUCCCCUGCGCCGAAGCCCCGUCGCUUUACGACAUCGUCAACGCGGAGUUCGGAAGGGUCCCCGAGCCCGUGAGUUAAGCUCGCCCGCUCGUCACCUACGGCAGGUACCUCGUCAUCUCCGGCAGGUGUUUUGCCAGCUACCACAGCUGCUUCGCCAGCCGUGACAGGUGCCUCGGCAGACUUGACAGGUGCCCGAUCUUCGACUCCGCCAAUCCGUCGUCCUUCCUCUCGCCCCCACAAGCCCUAGUUGAUCUAGGCCUUCAUGUGUAAUCGCAGUUGAUCUGCCGUGUACAUAAUAAAAUUCCCCGUUACAGCUGUUCUUUGCAUCACAUGAACAGCGUGUAGUAGGUCUGUCUGAUGAAAAUCUGAUGCACUCACAUUUCAAGGUUUCGUCAAUGCAAAUUUUCCUAGAGACCAGUUCUGGCAGUGGAUAUAAAUGUCAAUUCAUGUUGGUAAAUACAUGUUAUCAAGGGUAAUAUAGAAUGUGUAUAUGUAGCUAUGAAUAUGAAUGUAUUAUGACACACUUAUACACACUUAUGUGCAGACAUACACGUAAACAUACCUA